AUGGAUCGCUUAUCUCCCGAAGACAAGGGUGUAGUGGAAGUACCCGUUUGGCUGUCCAAAGAACCCACCUUGCCGGCUACUAAGAAGCGUCCGGCAUCUUCGACGGAGGCUCCUAAGCCAAAACGACCCUUCUUUAAGAAGAUGGGUCCGGCCGACGCUGUCACCAAGCCGUCGGUACCAAAACCGUCCGCUCCCCCAGCUGAGGGGGAGGUUCCUCCUAUCCAGACGCCCAUUCCUCCUCCUGAGCAAAAGGAGGUUCCCUCCCAGGUGGACACCGAAAUGGAUGGUACUGCCGGAGCAGCUGCUGACGAGGCAGCAGUCGAUCAGACUGCGGCGGCUGACGCCCCCGCCUUGUCCAGAGAGGACAAAGGUAAAGGCAAGGAGACUGAGGCUCCUUCUACUGAUAAUGCCUCUACUCCUCCUGCAACUUCGCCAAUUGUUGAGAUGUUCAAGCAGAUGCGUCGGGCCGAGGUGGCGAGCAUCCCUCCUUCUGCCGGUUUUAGCUCAGAGGCGAAGGAUAAAAUCCUUGCCGAUGUGUAUGCGGCCAUCCCUGAGGAGUACGUGAGGUCACUCCCCGGGAUUGACUUGGGAUUCUUAGGGUCCAUUCAGUCUCUCGUCCUUGAUCUUUUCAUUCGCUGUGCUGAGAGUAGGAACUACCGUUUUGAUAUGCACAAUGAGAUGCUCAAGCACAAGGACCAGAUCGAGAAUCAUGAGCAAUAUGCUGAGAAGACGGCCAGGUUGAUCAACUUGGACGCGGAUAAGGAGAUUGCUCUGAAGACGGAAGAGCUGAAGAAGGCCGAGAUGGACGCUGAGAAAUAUGCAGAGAAGCUGCUGGAGCAUGAGGGGAGGCUUACCGUGUUGAGAAAGGAGUACUCUUCCGUCUUAGAGCGGGUGACUGAUUUCUCUUCCAAGGUGAACGUUCUGGAAGGUCAGCUCAAGGCCAUGCAGGGGAAGAUCGAGGCCGUGCGCAAGGAGGCUGCAAGCUCUUUUAAGUUGGGCGAGGAGUCCAUCUUGGAGAGUGCCCAAAAGGCGUGGGAUCAGUCUAUGGACGGGAAGGAUUUUUCCUGGUUCAAACGCCGUAUCUCCCACCAGAUAGUUGUUUCGACGGCUAGGCGCUUGGGCUUAGAUCCUCCCGAGUUUGUUAGUGACGGGGAGGAAGACGUAGAAGAAGACGAGGUGAACUCCCCUGAAGGCCAGGACGUCCAGGACGGGAGUUCCAUUGCCCCUCCUCCUUGA